AUGAACUCCUCGUUAAGGUCUACAAAAAAUGAAGAGCCGUGUAUCGUAUAUCCAUGGGAUGUUUGUGACGAGGAUGAAAUGAAUGCCAAAGCGAAUUUUCAAAACAAUUAUCUCGAUCACAUGAGCAACUUGAAGCUUAAAUCGAAAACGCCGUCAAACACGUUGACUACCAUAGCUUGUGGCGUCCUACCCAACGUGACCAAAGAGUUGAUAGAAGAGUACUGUGAAAAUGGUGUGUCCAUGGUUGUGUUCAGUUUUGAGGGUUUGUCACGGGAACAGUGUCUAAAAUUCGUUAACGAAAUUCGUCAAGGAGUUUUUAACUUCAGUUUAAAGAAGAACGACCGGAUACCGUACUCCAUGGCACUGGUACUUGAUCUCGAAGGAUCUCGCAUCAAAACUGGGUCUAUUUCUACUUCGGAACCCAACCAAAAUAUGAUAGAGCUUCCAACCAACGGUCAUGUUUACGUCACCAACGACAUCACGUAUAAGAACAAGUGUACGGAAAACCGCAUUUACGUGACCAGCAACAGUAUUCUCCGGCUAAAAGAACACGACCGGAUCUACUUGGACUACGGGAAAAUCGAAUUGGUCGUCAAAACAGUUGACGCGGAUGAGGUGUACUGCAAUGUAUACCGAGGGGAGUUUCUCGGGUCUCGGAGAUCAGUGCACAUAGCAGGGAUCCCAAUCGGUACGACGUCGCUCUCCGAAAAGGACGAAGAGAACGUCCGUAUUGGUAUCGAGCUUAAGGUUGACAUCAUCCUGAUUCCUGGUGUCAGAAACGCAGAGUUCUUCAAACGCGUCAAAAAAUUUGUCUGUGAUGAACGUGGCACCGACAUCGAUCUAUACGCGAAAAUCGACAACUCGGUGGGACUCGAAUGCAUCGACGAGAUAAUAAAAAGCGCGGAUGGCGUAUUCCUGCACCGACCUAAUCUAUCCAUGGAAUUAGGGUACCACCGAAUAUUCUUGGCUCAAAAGAUUGUUUUGACCAAGUGCAACAUAAUGGGCAAGCCGAGCGUGACCUACGGCGGAUUCCUGAACUCGAUGGAACGGAACGCGAUGCCCGCGAGCUCGGACGUCAACGACGUCGUCAACGCCGUACUGGACGGCACUGAUUGCAUUUACCUGAGCGUGACGAAGCGGUCCGAGCACCAGGUGCAUUGCGUGGAGUUCGCGUCGUCCUUGUGUCGACAGGGCGAGGCGGCCAUAUGGAAGCAACAGCUAUUCUCGGAGCUCAACAACAAGUCCAAAACUCCGAUCGAUCCUGCUCACGCGAUCAGCAUCGGGUGCGUGGAAGUGUCGCUGAAGUGCAAUGCAGCCGCAAUCAUAGUGAUCACCACGUCGGGGCUGUCUGCCAAAAUAAUCGCACGGUACCGUCCCAUGUGUCCCGUGAUGGCCAUUCUCAGGCACGGAAAGUGCGCUAGAAAGAUAUCGGUGUGGCGGAACCUCAUUGCGUUGCACUACAUAGAUCCUAUAGAAACGGUUUGGUCGAAAGACGUUGAAAAUCGUACGAAGCUCGCAAUGAAAUUCGCCAAAAAAAAAGGAAUAUUAAACCAGGGAGAUUUGAUUUUGCACAUGAGAUGUUCCAAACAAAACGCUGGUUUCGCAAACAACAUGAGUCUGUUCUACGUCAGCGAAGGAGACCUUGCCGAUACGUCUGAAGCUGAAAGAUCGUUUUCUACAUUGAAACGUAUUAAAAGAUUUUUGAGAAAUUCAAUGACAGAAAAUCGACUUAUAGCAUUAGCAAUGCUAUCAAUUGAAAAACAGAUAUCAAAAACAUUCCAAAUUUCAACGAAGAAGUAA